AUGGCAACAAAAGACCGAAAAAGGCGUGGAAAAUGGGACACAUUCAAAUCAGACGAAGCACCAUCAUCUUCUGGCGCUGGCGGUUCUGAUAAGGAUACUGCAGCUGCUGUUCCAAAAGCUGCUUCUCACAACUUAAAUGCAGAUAACACAUCUUCGGUUAUGGUAGAUGAGUUUGGGGCAAAGGACUAUCGAAAGGAUAUGCCAUUAAAAGGAGAUUUCACAGCACGUCCACUGUGGGUGGCUCCUGACGGACAUAUUUUUCUUGAAUCGUUUAGUCCAGUUUACAAGCAUGCAAGAGAUUUUCUGAUUGCUAUUUCUGAGCCUGUUUGCCGUCCUCAACACAUUCAUGAAUAUCAGUUGACUGCUUAUUCUCUUUAUGCCGCUGUAUCAGUUGGUCUUCAAACAAAAGACAUCAUCGAAUACCUGGAAAGAUUGAGCAAAAGUCAAUUACCGAAAGGAGUUAUCACAUUCAUUCAAAUGUGUACAGUCAGUUAUGGAAAAGUAAAAUUGGUGCUCAAACACAAUAGAUAUUUUGUCGAAUCUCGCCAUUCGGACGUCAUGCAGAAGCUGCUGAAAGAUACAGUAAUUCAGUCAUGUAUUCUUGAUGAUCGAGUUCAACCGGCACAGCAGACUAAUGAACCAGCUCAAGAGAAAAUUAAGUUUUCCCAUGGAAAUGAAAAAGAUAUAUCGGAAAAAGACGGAGGAGACGCUGCAGAUGGAAAUGUACCUGCUGACAUCGAUGAGUUCUACGGCAAGAUUGAUGGCGACGAUGAAGAAGACGCAGAAAUCCGAAACCUCCAACUUCUUACUUUUGAAAUCAAACAGGAAACAAUCGAGACUGUUCAGCGAAGAUGCAUUGAGUUAGAAUAUCCUCUCCUUGCAGAAUAUGACUUCAGAAAUGAUACGAUGAACCCAAAUCUUGGAAUCGAUUUGAAGCCGUCGACCACUCUUCGUCCAUAUCAAGAGAAAUCUCUUCGUAAAAUGUUCGGAAACAGUCGUGCUCGUAGUGGAGUCAUUGUUUUGCCGUGUGGUGCAGGAAAGACUUUGGUUGGAGUUACUGCAGUUACCACAGUAAAUAAAAGAUGUCUCGUACUUGCCAAUUCAAACGUGUCUGUCGAACAAUGGAGAGCCCAAUUCAAAUUAUGGAGUACAAUUCAGGAUAAGCAACUUGUUCGAUUCACAAGAGAAGCAAAAGAUCCAGCACCAUCAGGAGCAGAUGCCACCAAGCCUGUUGUGUGCAUCAGUACAUAUUCCAUGGUUGCGUACUCUGGACGGCGUACACUGCAAGCUGAAGAAGCUAUGAAAUUCAUCGAAAAGCAAGAAUGGGGACUUCUUUUGCUUGAUGAAGUACAUACAAUUCCAGCAAAAAUGUUCCGGCGUGUGCUUACUAUUGUGCAGGCUCAUUGUAAGCUAGGUCUAACUGCUACUCUUGUUCGUGAGGAUGACAAGAUUACUGAUUUGAACUUUUUGAUCGGUCCGAAGAUCUACGAAGCAAAUUGGAUGGAGUUGCAGAAAGCUGGACAUAUUGCAAAAGUGCAAUGUGCCGAAGUGUGGUGCCCGAUGACUUCAGCUUUCUAUUCCUAUUACCUGAGAUCUCAAAUCGCGAGAAAGUUGUUGCUUGCAGUUAUGAACCCAAACAAGUUCCGAAUCUGCCAAUUUCUCAUCAAAUUUCAUGAACGCAGAAAUGACAAAAUCAUUGUUUUCUCCGAUAAUGUAUUUGCUUUGAAACGUUAUGCUAUCGAAAUGCAAAAGCCAUUCUUAUACGGAGAAACUUCACAAAACGAGCGGAUGAAAAUUCUACAAAAUUUCCAAUAUAAUCCUCGUGUCAACACAAUUUUCGUAUCCAAAGUUGCUGAUACUUCUUUCGAUUUGCCAGAAGCGAAUGUGUUGAUCCAGAUUUCAGCACAUGGAGGAUCUAGAAGACAAGAAGCGCAACGUCUUGGUAGAAUUCUUCGAGCGAAAAAACAUUCAACUGAUCAAUUCAACGCUUUCUUCUAUUCUCUUGUAUCUCAGGAUACUGUAGAAAUGGGCUAUUCCAGAAAAAGACAACGGUUCUUGGUCAAUCAAGGAUAUGCUUACAAGGUAGUCAACAAGUUACCUGGAAUGGAGUCAGAGGAUCUGAAACUGGCGACUAAAGAAUCUCAGCUUCAGUUACUCUCUCAAGUCUUGGCAACGUCAGAUGCUGAUGCAGAGGAGGAAGACAUCAAGGAGGAGCUCGCAGAUGGAACUAUUCGCAUCGCUCGUCGUGAAGCAACAAUGGCUUCAAUGUCCGGAGGUCAAGGAGCACAAUAUCAUGCAAAAGCAAAGGCAAUCACAGAGAGACAUCCACUUUUCAAACGGUUCCGACACGAGGACGAAACAGAAAUACGAACCAAGGAAGGAAUUUGUGUGGCAACAUUUGAAAACUGUAAAGCUGUGAAGCAAAAAAGAAUGACUGAAACCGACGAAAUGAUGUUUGGAAUAUUUGGAAUAGAAUCAUCUCCAAUGAAAACAUCUGACAUUCCACCAGAAGUUUCCGCCAUAAAUGCUCGAUUGAUUCUUCCAAAAGCAUCUGAUCAGUAUGUUUCUCAUGUUGAAAUACGAAAUUAUGAAAUCCCUCUGAAUCCAUCAUUUCAAGACAUUUUUUAUUGUUCUCCGUCCGAAAUUAAGUUGUGUCAAAAGGAGAAAAAUGAGAUUUAUCUUCAUGUGAAUCUGGAAAAAGAAUAUCAAACGUCGAGAAGUGUUCUGUUCGAAGGGAUUCUCUUAAUGUUGGAAGAACUGAAAGUGAAGAAAGAAAUUAAGAGAAUCAAAGUAUUAUGUAUUCCAUUUGUUCAUUUUGGAAAAGUUCGAAUUUGUGUGAAGUUAGAUGAGAAAACAAAGGAUAUUCGAGUAGAAAUAUUCAAUUCAUUCGGUUCCUUGUUCGGAUUUGUAGAGAUUCCUGAAAAUGAAUCAAGAAGAAAUUGGGAAAUUGAAGAGAAAGAAGAACUGUUUUUGACUGAGAAAAUGUUGAGAAUAAAGUAUUCGACGGAAGACGAAAACUCGGAAGAAUCGGAGAAGGAAUCUGAAGAGACAAGUGACAUUCCAAAUGCGUCUGGUCUAUCACUCACUCUCAACUUUCUGAUUACAAUUCUUCAGAAUAAAAUGAAUCUUCUGAAGCCUCUAACUGAUGACGUCUCAUUCACUCCGUUACCUUAUCUCGGUGUAGAUUCUUUGAGAUUGGCCGAGUUGGAAUUCCACAUUGCGAACUCUCAGGAAUUAAAAAAUUGUCAAUUGAAGCCUCCCUACCUCAUUCCGUUUAAAACAUUAUCUCAAGUGGCGGAGUUUUUGGAUAUGAAAAGAAAAGAAAUCACGAGAAAUGGAAUACUUCCGUCAGUAACUACUUUUGUAUCUAAUAAUUCCAAAGUUCCAGAUAUUGAGAAAGAAACAAUUUAUUUUCAUGAGAAUCAUUCCAAGUUCAGAAUCCCAUUGUCUUCUCAACAGAAACGAAUACUUUUUAUCCGGGAAUUCGAAAAAGAAUACCUCAACCCCACAACUGUUUCCCAAUUUGAUGAAUCUGUUCUACUUCACUUUUCGAUUUUUCAGCAUGAUCGAGUAACUGAAAUUUUGAAUAGUCUUAUAAUGAUUCAUUCCAUUCUUCGUACUCAAUAUGAAGAAGACUUUCAAUUUAUUCUGUCUGGAACUGAAUGUUUCGUUAUGAUAAAAUAUGAAGAACGAGACAUUUCUUAUUGUCACAACCUGAAUGUCGUAACAGCAAUUCAAUGUUGUUUGAGAUCUCAUCAAUAUCUUCACAUUACCUUCAAUCACAUUUCUAUUGACGGUAGAUCGUUGCAAAUAUUCUAUCGGCAGUUCAAAGAAAUGUUAUCAUCUCGAAGAAGCAAUCGACCAAAAUCUCCUCUGCAGUAUCGGGAUUACUGUAGAUCAAACUCCACAACUUCCACUGAAUGUCUAAAAUAUUGGAAAAAAUACUUGAAUCUUGAACAAAUCGAACUGGAAAAACUUCCUAGUGAUUUCCCAGGAUUAUCUGAUUUCUCUACGUCUUCUUAUAUUUAUAAAUCAUUCCCAACUCGUCUUCAGAGAAAAUUUGAUGAUUUCUGUCACCAGUUUUCUUUUUCUCGCUUCGAACUAUUCUUUGGAAUUCUGGAAAUAUCUCUCCAUCGCGUUUUCGGGGUUUCUGCUCCAUUUUUAAUUGGAUUUGCUGUUGAUCAGAGAACUUUCCCGUACUUCGAAACAAUUGGAUGCUUUACAAAUGUCCUUUUAUAUAUUUCACUGAAUUUUUCAACAAAUCAAUUGACAAAUCAAUUGAAAAACUGUCAAAAAACACUGAGAGAAACAAGAAGUCAUGGUGACAUCCCCUACGAAUCUCUCGUGAAAUUAUUGGGUACCGAAGGAAGUUUGUUUAAAGUGUUCGUUGUCAGUGACAUUGUGGAAACUCAUCUGACAUCGGAAGUGAUUUCAAAAAGUGAAAGAAGAGUUCGAUUUGAAGAUGAAACAAUGAUUGUGGAAAUAGUUCAAGAUUCAGAAGACUCUCAAGAAAAGGAACGUAAGAGAAUAGCAAAGUAUCCCAUGACUUUCUAUUUGAGACAGUUCGGAAAUGGCCAGUUACAAAUCGAAGUGGAAUAUGCAAGUGAACUUUUUAAAAGUGAAACAAUUGAUUCCAUUUUGGAAGAAAUGUUUCGAAUUGUCAAUUCAAUGAGUUGUGUCUCAAAAGAUCAAAAAACACAAAGCCUUUUGAACCGUUUCACCGAGAAAAAGCCUUAUAAACGUAGUGAUUUCCCUUCUUCUACAGUAUCUCAGAUAAUUUUUUCGAACAAUUCGAAAUGCGAUGUACGAUAUCUUCAGAAGAAUUCAAGCGUCCAUCCGAAUGAAUUUUCUUCUUUUCUUCUCAAAAAUCACAUGAAAAUGUACUGUCAAUUGUUGAACGAGUAUCCAAUUCUGAUCAAUAUUCCACGGAGUCCUGACCUCAUUCUAGCAACUUUAGGAGCAUGGAAAUCUGGAUUUUAUCCUGUGCCACUUCAUAGAGAUGCAACCAAUGAGCAAAUUCAGAAGACAUGCGAUGGACUAGGUCUGAAAAUGGAAGGAACAGUCAUUCUGAGGAAUUUAGAUAAUUUCAAAUCAAUUAAAAUAAAACAAGAAUUUCCACGCCGGCAAAUAUUCAAUCGUACAGCACUGUUCGAUUUUGCUUAUGUAACAUCAACAUCGGGUAGUACUGGAACACCGAAAUUAGUUGGAACUUCAUUCGAAGGACAUUCUAAUCUUGCCCGACAAUAUACAACAUCAUUUCAAUUAUCAUCAAGAGAUAUUAUUGGGCAAGUAGUUGAUCCCUCAUUUGAUAUAUUCUUUGCUGACAUCGUGAAAACAUUUACAAAUGGAGCACGUCUUCUUCUAUCUCGUGAUUCAAUUCCUACGUCAUCUGAGCUUCUUGAAUGUUCAAAUGUCUAUUUGAUGCCUGCAUUUAUAUCAAGACUUCCUGAUCUGAAAUGUUUGAAUAAUCUGGAAACAUUACAGUAUGGGGGCGAACCAAUAGCGUCUCAGUUCUUAAAAUUAAUACAUCAAAAUAACAAAGAACUGAACGUUUGGCAAGAAUUUGGUCUCACUGAACAAACUGUUUAUUCAACGAGGAAGAAAAUUCGUCCAUUGAACAUUUAUAAUUCCGAAGAAAUUAAGAUGAUUGGAGAUCCGUAUGACAACAUUCGAAUUGAAGUAAACAGUUUUUCUGGGUCGAACAAUUCAAGUGAAAAUUGCAUUCGUGGUCAGUUAGUUCUGAAAGGAAUCGGACUAAUGAGAGGAUAUUUCGAUGUAACGAAAUGUGUAUUGGAUCAAUUUAAUACUGGGGAUGAAGUUAGAAAACUGAAAAAUGGAGAUAUUAUUUUCAUCGGAAGAAAAGAUUUGCAAGUUAAAAUACGUGGUCAUCGUGUGGAUUUAUUCGAGAUUGAAUGUACUGCUCUAUCUUCGAAACUUCUGGAAUAUUGUUCAUGUAUCGCAAUUGGAAAUCAGAAAAUUAUUUUAUUCUAUAAACUGAAAUCUUCAAAUAACGAUCAGGAUCAAUUAUCAAAAUUUAUCGACUAUUUAGAAAAACAAUUGCUUUCAUAUAAAAUGCCAAGUCAGUUGAUCCCUUUGAGUUCUUUUCCACUGACCAGAACUGGGAAAAUUGAUAAGAAGCAACUUGCAAAUAUGGUCAUGAACAGUGAAAACAGUUGUGAGAUUGUGAGGGAACGGAAAGAAAUAGGAAAUAUUAUCUUGAAUCGAAAUGAUGAUCGUACUGGAAAGUUACACGAUUUGCUGAAAAAGUGGCUUCAACACUACUCCAAUGAAAGCUCCAGAAUUGAGUUCAACCUGAGUUUCGAAAAUAACCUGGAAGCUAUUCCGGUUGCAUUCAAAAUUUCUCACGCUUACUGUAUGGCCAUCUGCAAAGUUUUUCAAAUCUCGACAAGUUUUCCAAUUGCAACAACAUUUGUGAAUCGGACAGAAAACAAUUGGAAUACGGUAUCAAUGUUUGGCAACACAUUACCUCUAAUGUAUUAUCCGGAACAAGAUUUGCACCAAUUCUGUGAACGAUUUUUUGAAUUGGCAGAGAAUUCGAAUGUCCCAUUGAAUGAAGUUCUGACUCGCGGAUCUUCUGGAGUUGGAAAUUUCGCUGAUUUUGCAUUUAAUUCCCACAAAAGUAUUGGGAACAAUCGAGAAAACAAUGGAGUAUGCCAAUUUCCAAUGCUUUUGACUGUUUCGGAAACUGAAAACUUGGCACGAAUAGAGUUUGACAACGAUCAUAUAUCUCAAGAAACCGCGGAAAACUUGAGAAAUGAAAUAUUGCAUUUACUGGGAUGUCGGCGGGCGGAACAUCAUGAAAGAGUCAACUUUGUGGAAGUGUUUCAAUUGUUUCUAAAAUCAAAAGUCUCAGAAAAUACUGACUUCUUUCAUUCUGGAGGCCAUUCAUUGACUGCAAUGAAGUUGAUUGAUUAUCUCAGUGAUUUGAUUGGAAUUGAUGUUCCAUUGAAGCUUAUUUUUGAGUUUAGAACUCCAAAACAAUUUGAAAAAGCUGUAAAUUCAUUGAAAGUAAAUAGAGAUCCAGUUGCCACGAUUAUGGACAAAACAGUACCAAAAGUAACGGAGAAAAGUUUUCCACGGGCGCUGAGUUCAGAAGGAACACAAAGUUUUUUAAAGGAAACGGAGACAUUCAAGUUUCCACUGUCUCGUCAACAAGAACAAAUGUUUUAUCUCGCUCAAUUAACUUCUGCUUCACUUGAAUAUCAACUACCAUUCAUUCAACCAUUUCCUUCUACAGUAUCACCUUCUGAAAUCCAUCUAUCACUUCUGAUGACUAUUCAAGAACAAAACAUUUUCCGAACGAUAUUCAAAAUGGAUCCAGAAACCGGAGAACCUUAUCAAGAAGUUGUUUCAAUGACCGAAUCAUUUAUAAGAUGCCACGUGGAAAGUGUUCAAAAUGAAGAGAAACUUCAUCAGACAAUUCGAGAACUUUGUGAAGAACCGAUUGAUGUAUUGAGUGGACACUGUCUUCUCAAAGCAAGUUUUGUCACUUCAUCUCAAAAACAUAUUGCAUUUUUACAUCUUCAUCAUCUGAUAAGUGAUGCCAAAUCAACCCAAUUGACAAAUUCAACAAUGAAAUCAUUCUUCGAUGACUCGAAAAAAAUGGCGAAACGAUUGAAGUUUACUUAUCUGGAUUACUGUAGUCUGGAGCAAGGGAUUCGAAGUAACAAAAUUGAUAAUGAUUAUUUGAAAACAUUGGUGAAUGGACUGGAAGGAUUAAACAUUGGGAAAGGAGAGAGAAUGGAUCCUGUCAAAGUUUUCAUUGAUAUUCCGAAACAACUCAUCUCUGAUCGACUAAUAAAUGGAAAACCUGGGGACACUCCGUUCUCUUUACUCUUGAAAAUGUUAUCAUCUUCAUUCACUUCUCAAGGACGAAACUUCAAUAUAGCGUUUCCCGUUCUGAAUCGAAAUGAGAAAACAUCAAGUUUAUGUGGAUACUUCCUGAAUAAUCUAGUAAUCAAUACGGAUCAUCUAUCCAAACUUCCAUCAAUCCUUAAUAACAAUAUGCCUUAUUCAGAACUAAUGAGAGAAGUCCGUCGGAUUUCUGGAACAAAUUUGUCGAUAGCGGAUGUUUAUGUGAACUGUCGUUAUGAUCUGGAGUAUGAUGAGUCGGAUGAUGAAAUUCUAUUAAAUUUAGUCCCGUUGAAAUUACAUUUUCCAGUUGAAAUUGAUGUGGAUCUCAUGGCUAAUCAAACAUAUCGCAUAACAAUGAGAUCGAACAAAAUCAGUGAGAACGAGAUUAUUCGGAUGUUGAAUAAAUUGAAAAAAGACUUCGCAGUUGUGAGAAAAGCUCAACGAAAUGAGAAAAUAGUUCAAUCCGGUGAAAAUACUCUUUAUGGUGCUAGGAAAGACGUUCCUAGUUUUCCGAUUCCUGAACUUUAUGAGAAGAUUUUCAAUUCGAAUGUCACAUCUACAUUUGCCACGUCAUCAGUGAAUUCUGAAUCCUUAUCUUACUGUCAAGCAUAUCAAAACAUUCUUCGAAUUUCUCAAAAACUAUCCCGCGAUUUCCUUGUGUGUAGAGGAAUUCCAAUUCGAUCGGAUGAUGUUAUUGCUGUUAUUGGAUCAAAAUCAAUUGAAACUACGAUCAAAUGUUUGGCUGUUCAAUUUGCUGGAGCUGCUUAUUUACCAAUAGACGAAGUAUAUCCACAAAAAAGAAAAAGGGAAAUUAUGAGAGAUUCUGUAUUUUGUUUCAAAGAAUCAAAUGUUUUGACAGAUUCAAAAUUAGUCUCCAAUCGUCAACGUCGUUAUUCUAUUUCCACUCCAUUCUGUCUCUCCUAUAUAAUAUCAACAUCUGGAACUACAGGAAAUCCGAAAUCUGUAGCAAUUGGGGCUGAUUCUCUCUCUAAUUUAUGCGUUUCUUCUACAAUUACUAUGCGAGUUUCAAGUUCAAGUAGGAUAUUUCAAUUCACGAAUUUUGUAUUCGAUAACUCAGUUUUGGAGGUGUCUAUGGCAAUUUCUUCUCAAGCCUCUCUGAUUUAUGGAUCACCUAAUUUUGAUCCGUUUGAAUUCGGAAACUUGGUUGAAAACGUCGGAAUUACUCACUGUCUCUUAUUCCCUAGUCUAGUUCAAUCAUUUGAAAUUGAACGAAUCAAGAGUCUUCCAUAUUGGAUUGUUGGAGGGGAGCGCCUUCCACAAGAUCUUCUGAAUUCUGCUUUAAAAACUGGGAUCCGAGUGAUUCAGAACUAUGGACCAACCGAAACGACGGCGUUUGCAAUUGCAAAACAAAUGAAACACGGAGAUUUCGGAUGUUGCAUUGGGUAUCCUGCUAUCAAUACGAAAGGGAGAAUCACGAUAAAAGAAUCUGGAGAUCAAGGAGAAUUGUUGAUAUCUGGAAAAGGAAUAAUGAGAGGUUAUUUGAAUCGUCAACCAUCAGAAUAUUUGAAAAUAAUUGACGAAAUAAGUUGGUAUUCUAGUGGAGAUAAAUGCAGAAUAACACCGAAUUCUGGAGUUCAAUUCAUAGGAAGAACUGAUUCUCAAGUGAAAGUACGUGGAUAUCGAAUCGAGUUAUCGGAAAUUGAAAGAACAAUUGAAUGCCAUCCGGAUGUUAUCGCUUGCAAAGCAAUUUUCGAACAGGAAUCUCAACAAAUCCAUGUGUUUUAUACUGGAAACGCAAUAGUUUCCAGUUCAGAAGUCGUUCGGAAGCGUUGUGAACAACUUCUUGAACCGCAGAAAGUACCAUCCACAUUCAAUGGAAUAAAAGAGUUUCCGUUGACAAACAAUUCUAAAAUAGAUAAGAAAAAGUUGAUGGAAAUUGUUAAAAACUCUCAUGUACCUAACAUAUCAGAAACAUGCCCACUUGAAACUGAGUUGUCUUCCAUCUGGAUGUCUCUUCUGAAUUGUUCAAAACCUUCCUCAUCUGAUCAUUUCUUUUUAGUCGGCGGCCAUUCUCUUCUUCUAAUUCGAUUGCGUCAUCUGAUUGAGACUAAACUAAAAGUACACCUCUCUGUCCCAGAGAUUCUAGAGAAUUUGAAAUUUGACGAGAUGCUUCAAAUUAUCAGAAACAAAAAAGAUUUUCUAGAAAAAAAGAAGAGGAGAACAGUGGUCUUCUUCCCAGGAUUGUAUGGGGGAUGCACCGCCUAUCUGAAGAUGAUUGGACAGCUGAAAAAUUCGAAAGAAGAUAUAGAAAAUAUUAUACUCUUGGAAGAAGUAUUAGGAAAUAGUGUACAAGAAGUGGCAAGCCAAUAUAAAACACAAAUAGAAGAAAAAGUAAUCGAUCGUAUAUCUUCAUAUGUUUUUAUUGGUGCUUCUUCUGCUGGAACAUUCGCAUUUGCCACCUCUAACCAGUUUGAAAAAGAAUACGAUAUUAUAGUAAUUCUAUUGGAUUCUGGAACAUUUUGGAACCGAAUAGAGAAAUUAGACUACUCGAAGCAUGAAUCCGACAUGAUGGAGAACUUGAAAAACUAUGAAGUAGAUAAGGGAACAGCAAAUCGAAUGGCAGAAUCUUCAUGGAAAAAUCUUCAAAUAUUGAAGAACUACCAACCAGAAAUUGACACAAACAGUAGAAAGAUUAAUGUUUUAUCAGUUGACGGAAGUGAUUUGGGAUGGUCAAAAUACUCGAAGAAUUCAAAGAAUUUCAAAAUUCCGGGGGAUCAUUAUUCUAUGCUACAAGAUCCUGAACAUCUUUCAGAUGUUUUGAAGAUUAUUGAAAAAAUUAUUCGAGACCAGUGA